AUGUCUUGGAAGUUUCCUUGGUCAGAAUUCGUGAAGAAAAGGGCAUGUAGAUACCUGUUACAGCAUUAUCUCGGCCAUUUUCUAAAGGAAAAGUUGACCCUCGAUCAAUUGAGUGUCGAUCUGUAUAAUGGAACUGGGAAAAUUCGACAGCUCGAUCUGGACGUCGAGGCAAUCAAUGAGGUGCUGGACAACAGCAAUCUACCAGUGGAGAUAGUGGAUGGAUUUAUAGAUGAAAUAGCUGUUUCCAUACCAUGGACAGCCCUCAUACAAAGCAGUACAGAGAUGGAGAUCCGGGGUCUGGAGCUCACUCUUCAGCCAAAACAGAGAAGCAACAGUGCCCAAGGCUUGGAGACUAUGUUUUGCAGUAUGAACAGUAGCAUGAGCACCAGUCUACAGAUAGCAGAGGAAUGCUUGAAGGAGGACCGGAGUAAACCUAUGAAAGGCCUGGACGGAGGCCUUGGGGAUGACGGGGGCCAGCAAUUUGAGGGAGUUCAGAAGUUUGCUCAGACUAUUGAUUCAGUGCUUUGUAGAGUAAAAGUGACUUUGGUAGACACUGUUAUACGACUGGAACACCUCCCCAACAGUGCUGAAACAGGCGUGGCACUUGAAAUCAAGAUAAAAAGGAUGGAAUACUUUGAUGAUAUGGCUGAAGGAUCAUCAGUAGAUAACCCACAGUUUACAAAGAAUUGGGAACCUGCAGCUGUUGCCCAUAAGAAUUUCCUGAUGGAAGGCUUACAUAUACUGAUUGAUCACUUUUCUCGUAAUUCACGUCCUCACAGUGACCACUCAGGCUCAUCAUGCUCAUCACCUCAGAAUUAUGAAUCUGCUGCCAGUUCUCCAUUAGGGCUUCCUAAGAAUGUUAACCAAUCAUCAGAGAGUACUGAAUCACCUGACCAAUGUGAACCAAUACAAAUAGCAGUUGUUACAGGGAAGACCAGCUUGAAACUGAAAAUCAAGCAAGCUGAUUCUGUUACAGGACCCAAACUGGAGACCGAGGUAGAGCUUGGUGCUCUACACAUACUCCUAGCUCCCAGACAGGUACACUCUCUGCUGGAGAUAAUGGAUGGCCUCAUUUCUCCAGGUACUAAUGAAGCAGCCAAGAGACGGCAUCAAAGUAACAGAAACAAGCCUAUGUCUGCUGAGGACAUGCAAAGAAUAGAGCGAGAACUCCAGCGUCAGAUGAUGGAGGGGCGGGUUCAGUCUCAUAAAAAACCGUCACCUGAUCCAAGACUGCCAAUGGGCAUGCAUGACAUCAUGACCACCUCAAUGGAAGAAGAAGAAUGCUACUUUUCUCUGAAUCCUGCGGGCAAAAGUAUAGAUAUGGAAUCUUCAGUGUCCAGUAAUUUUAGUUUAGCCUCCAACAGAACAGCCAGUACUGUGACAAGUCGCCAACCUAGCCGAGCUCCCAAGAGAGAACCAAGUCACUACAAAUCGAAAGACACAUUACAGAGGAUCUUGGAUGACCCAAGUGCUGAGCUGUGCCGUUAUCACCUAAGACUGACAUUCUUCACCAUCUCAAUCCUGCAUGAGAAUCCUCGACCAGUUCUUGGUGAAAGCAAUGAGCAAUCUGAGCAGAAAAACAAAAUGAAGGGUAUUUCAGAAGCAUUCUUUAAGCGUGUAUUCACUUUCCUUCCUGCGGGCAAGAGUGAGUUAAGACAGAUGCGGAAACACUUUGCUGAAGCUUUGCAUUGUGAUCACCUGCGAUUUGUAGGGAAACCACUGAACCUGGAGUGUGUAGAGAAGACCGUUCCAACACAUUAUAGUACAACCAUAGAACUCACCAUCGGACUGUUCGAGGGUGUGGAAUGUUUGUUUGACCGCAGAAAUGAGAGCAUGAAACCAGAGUACACAGAGUUGCUGGUAUUCCAUAGAGAUGUGGUACCAUCUCCAAUCCACUCCAACCAGAUGUACAGCAGUAUGCAUGGCGGUGCUCCUUGUGUCAAGGCCACUGUCAAAAGCCUGCAACAGCUGCGGGGGUCUCAGAAAGCCAACAGUUUCCCUAAAACAGAUAUUAGUAUUGUACUUGCACAACUGGAGUCAGAGGUUGACAUCACCAUUGUGGACAGGAUUAAUAGCCUCAUCAAACCAGAGCCAACAAGACGACCCUAUAGCACAAGUGUUGCUACCAACAUAUCGGGCGGGAUGACGUCCUAUGCCUUGAGCCAGGCACUAGAUGAUGGUCCUGGUACACAAGAACACAAGUAUGACCUGCAAAUAUCCUGUCCUUCAGCCAAGCUUUCGCUUAGGUUUCCUAUCCCCGACCUUCGACCUCUGUCCCAAGUAGACAAGUUACCAUGGUGGCAGAAGAAUCUACGGGACGAGAUCCUGAUUUUACAAAUGUCAGAUGUGUUGUUCCAGACUAGCUUCCUAUCCUCACAGUCCAUCACAGAGCUGGACAUCACCUGUCGAGAUGUUCAUGCCUUUUUUAAGAUUGACCCUAUCAAAGAGGAGCCAGAACCAUUUGCCUUUGUAGGAGGUGAUGAGAAUGAAGAUGGUUGUAAUAAUUUCCCACGGUUGUCCAUCAAGUUCUCCAACAAGACCACUUCUGUACUGGAGGAGGAGCCUGUCGAAUCUGAAGACAAUACACCCCAGGAUUCCUUCAAUGGGGCGUGUCUAUUCACUAAGCGUGAUCCCUCCCCUUUUUCCAACAAAAAGAACAUGUAUGGGAAAGAGGAGUAUAGCGAAAAAGACCAGUCUACUCACGUCAGUGAGGAGAUGAUUAUGCCUGGUGAUCGCAGAGAAAUCCAGGAGUUUCAAGAAAAGUCUCUAAGCAACACGCACAUGACCCUGGAGUUCUCUCUACCCUUUGUUAACCUUCACAUUCCCGAUAAACAUUUCUAUGAAGUUCUGUACAAUAGGAUCAAUAGUGACCUGUUACUGUGGGAACCAAUGGCCCCUUCACCUCUACAAACACAAGAUCCAUUACUGACAGCAGCAACCUUUGACCUUAGCUGCUACCCAAAUGCUCUCCAAGAUUCCUUCCAUAUGGCAAAAUCAGCCAUAAAGUAUGAGUCCUCAGACGAGGAGGAUGAUUCAAGUUUCGGCUACUAUAGUAUACACGACUCCCGUUAUCCAAGACGGAAACCCACCAAGAAGGAACAGCCCAGCAAAAUGUGUCUCUCCGUAAAGAUAGACAAAGGCAAACUCACUGCUAUCACAAACUCUCAUGAAGAGAAGGUCCAUGGAGAAGUGGUGAUCAUGCUGGAGGAUGCCACUAUCUUUACUGUAGCCAACCACAAUGGCGACCCCAGUCUACAGUAUGUCUGCUUCCUCAGUCACAAGGCAGAACUUUACCACUGUGCUGCUGUAGAUGAUGUGUUUAAAGAAAAGGCAAUCAGUCUCACACGAGAAGAUGUGUGUAGAAUUCCUGAUCACCUAAGGGACCACAGACUCGUACACAAGACUGACCCGGGAGUCAUGGCCAAGUCCAUGGAUACGUCCUAUGAUAUCGACACCAGUGAUAUGGUGUCAGUCGCUGUGAAGAUCAAACUGGAUUCUACACCUAUCAAUGAUUUAACAAAGGACGAAAAAAUUAAGGAGUUUUUGGUGGCAGUAGGAAUCAGAGGGGGAACUCUCCAACACAAAAUGGCUGCAGCUGAUCAGAGCUGGAUUGCACAGAUAAUGGCAUUUCUCGAUGUGAAGGAUUAUGACAUACUUGGCUAUACCAUGGCAAAGGUUUUGACUGAACUACACGUACACCUUUGGGACUGUGCAGUUGAUUACAGACCACUACAUAUCAAGACUAAUGCGGUACUAAUGGCCGAGAGUUUUAGUAUCUCCAGUAACAUAAUAGCUGAGUCUCCUACCUCUCUCCUCAGAUUUGUUUUGGAUGAUGCCUCCCUGUUCUUGUCUCAGAAACCUGUCAACACAAUGCCAAACUUAAAAAAAGAUUAUGUGUGUGUUGCUGAUUUGGAGAGAUUUGAACUAUCACUGCGGUUUAGCGAUGGCAAGGACUUGAAAUUUCCGAAGACAGAUUUGAAGGUUCUGACAAAUCGACUUAAUCUACGAACCUGUUCUGACUCCUGCAAGGCCCUGAUGGAACUCAUACAGUACUUUGCAAGUGAUGGAGAUCUAUACACCCGAGAGGGAACACCCAGUAUUGGAGACAGUACUCAGGACCUGGUGGUAGGCGAUGAGUUGCAGGAGUCAGGCACUGACGAUGAAGAUGUAGGUCUGACAGUAUCACGCCAGGGACAUCUUGAGACUCUAGUAGAGGAUGCCAUGUUGGAGUCCCAGCAGACAGCUAAUCUGCCUGAGAAUGGCUCACCGUCCUCAACCACCCAAGUUUACUUUGUUGCCAAUGGUGGAGCAACUUCACAGCCAGUGCCACCUGCUGGAGGAAUCAGACCAAUUGUGAUUUCUGACAGUGCCGAUUCAUUCGCAAGUAGUGCAUUAUCAGAGCGGAUGGAGGUAAUGAGUGACGAUGAAGAGUUCUGUGUGAUUGAUGAUCCUGGGCUUGGUAUCAUGCCACGGGAUGGUGAGCCUUCCAUUCGAGUGUUGGUUACUGACCCUGUAGAAAUCAAGGAGAACUUUUUCAGUCAGCCUCUUGGUCGAACUGACCUGCUAAAGGCUCCAGAUCAUUACCCACUGGCAGAACAGCGGUACACUCUGAAGGAGAUGACCCUUGUCUGGUACAUGUAUGGUGGGAGUGACUUUAGGGUCGGUGACCUUGACAACACGCAAGAAAAAGAAGUUGUGUACUCUACAAGAUCAAAAGAUCAUGGUGAUGGGUCACCUCUCCUAAGCAUGCGGUACACGACUAAGUCUAAUACAGAGAAUGUAAAUAGGUCACCGUGGCGAUCUCGUGGUGGACCCGGCCGAGACAACACAACACUAAUGGAGCUCCAGCUCACUAAGGUCCAGAUGCAGCAUGAGCGGUACCCCAGUAACACAGAGCAGGCCUCCAGACAGAUCCUCCUAAUCAGCGACUUAGAACUGCGGGACCGUCUCACAAGCUCAAACAUCAACAAAUUUCUGUAUCGCUACUCCUCAGAAAGCAUGCCCAGACAGUCCAAUGCCAACAUGCUUUUAGUGAAAGCUAUUCACACACGUCCAGAUCCCACCGUGAAGGCAGAGGAAUGUGCCCUCCGCAUCUCUGUCCAACCCCUACGACUUAAUGUAGACCAGGAUUCCUUUGCCUUCCUGAAAACUUUUUUCACUGAGGUGUCUGGAGGGGGAGGUCACUCUAACCCCAGUCCUUCACCACCCAAAUCUGACACCAAGCCAAGAUCAAGAUCAGCCUCUGGAACCAAUGCUCCCUCUCCUCCCCCACCUGUAAUGGUAGUCGGCCAUCCUGAGGUUAUUGAGGAAGAAACUGAUCCACAGGAACUGCUCAUGAGGUUUGACGAGCUCCAAGAAGAGCGACUUGGAGGGGAGAUAACUACUAAUGAUGCCAAUACUGGUUUUGAUAAUGCACCAAUACCAGCUGAGGAGGAGGAGGAGGAGGCAUCUUAUCAGCCAGUAUUCUUCAAGUCUUUCAUAUUUUCACCUGAUGUGCCAAUUAGAUUAGAUUACACUGGAAAGAAGAGAGUUGACAGAGAACAUGGUGCCCUUACAGGGCUAUUAGCAGGACUAGCCCAGCUAAACUGUUCUGAGCUGAAAUUGAAAGGAAUUAAUCAUCAGCAUGGGUUGCUAGGGUUGGACCGGCUCCUUCAGUAUGCUAUCAAUGAAUGGUUAACUGACAUCAGGAAAAACCAGCUUCCCAGUAUACUUGGUGGUGUGGGACCUAUGCACUCUUUUGUCCAGCUUGCCCAAGGAAUGAAAGAUCUGUUCUGGUUACCUGUGGAACAGUAUCGUAAAGAUGGGCGGAUUGUCCGUGGUAUCCAGCGAGGAGCCAGUUCAUUUACAACCUCCACUGCCAUGGCAGUGCUUGAACUCACCAACAGGGUUGUCCAGUCUGUACAGUAUGUAGCUGAAGUGACAUUUGAUAUGGUAUCUCCUGGACCAAGUGUACGUAACAAGGGUUUACGGAGAAGAAAAAAGUAUGGACGAUCUGGUCAGCCUGCUGACCUCCGAGAAGGCAUGACCAAUGCUUAUAUUGUACUGAAAGAGGGCUUCUCAGACACAGCCCAGAACAUUGUCCUCAUGGCGUCAAAGGAGCAUGAACAGAAAGGUGUAACUGGAGCCAUGGGAGGAGUGAUACGACAGAUCCCACCAACAGUUAUCUCCCCUCUUAUCAUUGCUUCAGAGGCCACCUCCAAUGUGCUUGGCGGCAUGAGGAACCAAAUUAAACCUGAUGCUCGUAAGGAGGAUGAGGAAAAGUGGAAGUCUGAGUGUAUCAGUUAACACCUUGAGAUUCUGAAUGUGUUUUUAGCAAACUUUGAUUCUGAUGUAGCAGUGGAUAAGUGUAAACAGUGGUUGUUACAGAUGAAGUAUCGGACAAGUGAAUGUUUCUACAGACAUUGUGAGAGGGAGAGAGUAUGAAUUGUAUUCUUGUUUAAUCGAAGGACAAGUUGAAAGAGAAAAAAGUAAGAAUACUCUUAAAACUACAAGUUUCUGUUUUGUUUGCUUAGAACAAGUAGGUCAUAAUUAACAUUCUCCUUUGUAUUACAAAUACAUUGGUGAAGUGGAAGGUAUCUGAAAAUUUUUGUAGACAGCUGAAAUGUGGUAAGAUCAUGUGUGACUGUAAGGCGAGUUUAAUAGUAUAUCUAAAACGACAAUAUUUUCAGUAGUUGUUUGCUUCGCAUAGCUUUUAAAAAUUGCCAUUUUAAAGAUUUCUGAUACAAUCUCUAUUUCUUUUCAAAUAUGUAUUUAUCUGGCUUAUCAUGGGUUCCACAAAUCAUCAAUAGAAUCUUUGGUCUAGUAUCAUUUAAGUGAUUUGAUUACGUUGUCGUACUUGCGCGAGACCUGGAGUGUAUUAUGACUGAUCAUUUCUGUGUUUGUAUUAUUAAUUAACUCGGACAAUGUUAGAUUCAGCUUCAUUCUGGUGGUUGUUAGAGUGUACAGAUGUUGAGUGGAUUGGGUUCAAACAUGUGAUAUAGCUACUUAUACAGGGCUUUCAUUCUCAGAGUGAUAUUAAGUGUUUCUUCCAAGAAAUGUACUUUUUCAUCCUUUUAUGCAGAAUUAUAUGUUCAUCAGCAUUGAAGUGAAUGGGCCUCAAAUACCAACAGUAACAUAGAAACCAUUGUAGUGGCAGGUUGUCCUGGAUACCUACAGUAGCAUAGAAACUGUGUGAUAUUGUAGUGGCAGGUCCUGGAUAACUACAGUAGCAUAGAAACUGUGUGAUAUUGUAGUGGCAGAUUGUUCUGGAUACCUACAGUAGCAUAGAAACUGUGUGAUAUUGUAGUGGCAGGCUGUCCUGGAUACCUACAGUAGCAUAGAAACUGUGUGAUAUUGUAGUGGCAGGUUGUCCUGGAUACCUAGAGUGGAAUAGAAAUUGUGUUACCUGGUAUAUUGUUGUGGCAAGUUGUCCUGGAUACCUAUAAUAGUAUAGGAACUGUGAGGAUUCCUUGAUACCUACACCAGAAUGUAGACAGAUCUAUAUUGUAGUUUUUCCUGACACCUGAGUACCAGAUAUGAAAAGUUGAAUGACAUAUAGCUACAUAUUUAUAAUUGGAAAUUGACUGAUGACAUGUUAAAAUAAUAUUCAUCAUGUGGUGUAUCAGUGUAUCAGUCAUGGGGCAAAUGGCUGUGUAAGGUAUUGGUUUAGGUAUAAGUGUAUUGUAAAGAUUGGGAAAUUACAUUAUUAUAAUAUGAAAUGCUAUUGUUGUGGACGUUACCAGUAUUGUAUAGUAUCAUGAUACAUUGUAACAUGGUUCCUUAUCUUUUAAUAUUAGGGUUACUUCAGAACAACCUCGGAGUUAUACAUUUGUCAAAUAACUCUCGACAACCUUAAUGCACGAAUUAACUGAUAGUAAACCUACAUUGUGAUAAUUUUUCUGGGAUAUGUGCUCUCUUGAUUGGUAUAGUGAGUAUGUUUAGAAUAAAUUGAUAAAUUGGCUCUAAGAUGGAGUUGUGAUGGGGAUGGUAUGUAUGUAAGAUGUAGUUACCUAACUGAAAAAAAUGUUGAAGUAGUGACUUGUUAACACUUUCAGUCACUUUAAACAUAGAAGGAAAAGUUAAUUUAUUAUAACAUUCAAUAUAAGUAACUUAAUUUAUGUACAUGUAAUUCAUGUCUGUGAUAACCUGAUUGAAUAGAUUUAACAUUGUACAUAUAAAAAGCAAUAUAUCUAUGUGUGUAGUUAUUUGAACACUUGUUACAUGGUAUCGACACAGCGUGAAUCUGUUGCAAUAAUGUUCAGAGUUUGAUCCAACUUAGUUUUGUUGUGUAUUGUCGGUAUGAAUACACUAUGUGUACAGUAAUAAAAAAUUAACUGUAAGGUUAUCAAUUUAUUAUUAAUAUGUUAGUGAUUGUCUCAAACAUUGUAAUACAAUGUAUGCCAUUGUCAUGGCCUGAUAUAGACUGAUUAUACCUGAAUUAUCUAACAGGAAACAUUUAAUCUGAAUCACUCCAUGUUUUGAAUUAUAUUGAGUAGAUAGACUCACUGAACUUACCGAGGAUAUGUAUUAUAUUUUGCGUGUGUAUCUAUUGAAUAUUGGUGUUCUUUGUAGGUUUUGAAAAAAAAAAUAAAGCACUGAAAAUAACAUGACAUAUUCACUGGUUCACAUCGUGAAAAAUAAUACAUGUUUUUAUGGAGUGAUUUAUUCAGUGGUUCUGAUAGUAAAAAUACAUGAAUCUAUUUCAGCAUAAUAUUGUGAGCUGAGUCACCUUAGUGUUUCUACUUAUCUAACUUAGGUUCUAGAUUGUUAUCACCCAAAAUGAGAACAACAUGUUCAAUAGUGAACAUGCUUUUGUUCAAGUGAUCAAAAAUUGUGGUAAUAGACUAAGAAUGUUUAAGUAACAUAAAAUUGAUCUCAUUUGUGUGUGUGGACACUGCAGUAUUGUGUACCUGUCUUGGAAUUCGGAGGAUUUUGAUUUCGAUAUAGAUCACAGCUCCUGUGGAAUAUUUAUCAUUGCACAGGAUCACAGUUUGCAAUUUUACCACUUUAAGAUGAAGAAAUCAUUAGUAUGACACUAGAAUGCAUCUCCUUUGAGAAUUACAAAAGCACUACAAUUGCACCAGCUUACUUUUAUCAGUAACAAAGCCUACACGUAUGUAGGAUUCUAUAUCGACAUACAAAAUAUUCCUCUCCUGUGAGAUUAAACAUUUUAUCCUGAAUCAGAGAAUCAUCUCAACAUCCCUAUUCAUAACACUCCGCAAUUUGUCAGAGGCAAGAAAAUGUUUGUUUUUUUUCUUUGGUGAAAUCCUUUGAUUUGAAGGUGAUGUAUACUAUGUAACACGAUAUAUUCAUUAGAUGAUGAAUGAUUUUAUAUAGAAGGAACUUCACUGCAUUCAAUAUAGGCAACAUAACCAAUGAAAUUCAAGCCAUACCUGAGAUACCAUACAAAUGAGCAGUAGUGUUUAUGACCAGUGGGUAUCAGAGGAGCCUUUGACAGAUUCUUGAUGUAAUAAAUCACAAACAUGGAUGAAGAAAAAACAUGAACACGUGUUAUGUAUCUGUUGCUAUGAUGAACAUGUCCUUCAUAAGAUAUUGGGAGUUUUUAAGCCAGUAUGUUUGGCCAGGUGUGUAACCUAGAGAAUGUUGAACAUGUGUUACAAUGUUAUGUCAUGAUCAUAAUGAAAUGCAAUUGUAAAAACAAAGCAGUAGAUAACAUGCUAGCGAAUACUAUUUCAUAAUCUUUCUAUUAAUAACAUACAAAUAUCCUUAAUUGAUCUGACAGUGAUGGUGUGAUGGCUAUUUCUGUAGCCCCUGGUUUACCAUAUUUAGAAAAUCUAUGUUAGAUAUUAUGACAAGCUGUGUUUGAAAUACAAACAUGUACAUAUAAUAUGAUUGACCAGUACAGAAAUGCAAGUUGUUUGAAAAGUUAAGCAUUGUGAGGUGUUUCACCAGUAGAGAGUUGCAGGAUGUCUGACCAAAACAGAAUUGUGAGGUGUUAGACCAGUCGAGAGUUGCAGGAUGUCUGACCAAAACUGAAUUGCAAGGUGCUUGACCGGUAGGGAGUUGCAGGAUGUCUGACCAGAACAGAAUUGUGAGGUAUUUGACCAGUAGAGAGUUGCAGGAUGUCUGACCAGUAGAGAGUUGCACGAUGUCUGACCAGAACAGAAUUGUGAGGUGUUUGACCAGUAGAGAGUUGCAGGAUGUCUGACCAGUAGAGAGUUGCAGGAUGUCUGACCAGAACAGAAUUGUGAGGUAUUUGACCAGUAGAGAGUUGCAGGAUGUCUGACAAGUAGAGAGUUGCAGAAUGUCUGACCAGAACAGAAUUGUGAGGUAUUUGACCAGUAGAGAGUUGCAGGAUGUCUGACCAGAACAGAAUUGUGAGGUGUUUGACCAGUAGAGAGUUGCAGGAUGUCUGACCAGUAGAGAGUUGCAGGAUGUCUGACCAGAACAGAAUUGUGAGGUAUUUGACCAGUAGAGAGUUGCAGGAUGUCUGACCAGAACAGAAUUGUGAGGUGUUUGACCAGUAGAGAGUUGCACGAUGUCUGACCAGAACAGAAUUGUGAGGUGUUAGACCAGUCGAGAGUUGCAGGAUGUCUGACCAGUAGAGUUGCACGAUGUCUGACCAGAACAGAAUUGUGAGGUGCUUGACCAGUAGAGAGUUGCAGGAUGUCUGACCAGUAGAGAGUUGCACGAUGUCUGACCAGAACAGAAUUGUGAGGUGUUAGACCAGUAGAGAGUUGCAGGAUGUCUGACCAGAGCAGAAUUGUGAGGUGUUAGACCAGUAGAGAGUUGCAGGAUGUCUGACCAGAACAGAAUUGUGAGGUGUUUGUCGAGUACAGAGUUGAGAGAAGCAUGCUUUACUGUAUUUAAGUAUUGAUAGAAUGUGUUGCAUCAUUAACCUCACCACAAUCUUGUUUUGUGAUAUUCCCUACAUUUUACCCAUUUUAGCUUUGGGGAUAUGAUAUCCUGCCAGGGACCAUCCCAUUAGUUUGUCUGUCACCCAUAUUGGUGUUUAUUGUGCAUUUUUACAGGUAACAGUACCCAGUUAUCUCCAUUUUCUAUAGUGAAAUACUUAGUAAAAUGUCUGAUGUUGUCCAUCAAAACAGCAUCAGUUUGUCAGUAAAUGUAUUGUUCAGUAGCAUAUGAUUCAUUUUACAUGUUGCCUUUACUUAAAGUAGUGACACUGAUGCAUGAAGAUUUUAUAAAUUAAUCAUUUUUUAUAAUCUUUUGAAGAAAUUAUUUUGACAAAUAAAAUACCAGUUGAUCCAGUUGAAAUACUUUAAGGUAUCACUGUUUUGGUUAUAAUAGGGAAGUACUGCUUUUUACAGAGUAAUAAGUCACCAGCAGGGUUUUGGCUUGUAGAGGUUUUUUAUUUUGAUGUUGUGAAUAUAUCGUCAUAUAUCCAAUGUUAGUUUCAGAUGAUUAACCAAAACACUUUGAAUUUUUCACAUCUUCCUUUUUGUUUUAAAAAUUUUGAUAAAAAUAAUUCUGUGAAAUGCAAAGUUAUUUGAAGUUGGUGGUACAAUUGUCUGGUUGAUACACUACCCUUCUGCUCUGUAAAUCUUUUCUGUGUUUAUCUGUGGCAUCAUCAUACCUGCCAACCUUUUUCUAUUUAGGAAUAGUGGGAGAAUCAAUGUUUGGUCCUUGUAUAACACAGAUUAGUAUCUACUGAAAUUUUCUUAAUAAAAAAUCAAAAAUAAAUUACAAAAAACUAUCAUAUGAAUUCUGGAAAAGGAUUUUUUUUAUAGCUUGAAGGCAUAAAAGUUGGCAAUGUAAUUACAGUAAUGUUGAUGAACAAAUCACUACAGCAUUACCAAUUUGUUAUUCAUACUGUUUAUCUGUAACUGCGAUGUUGUGAUUGUAACAUUAGAGCUACCUAUACCUAAGUAUACACCAAUAUACUUUGAGUGUGAUGUCCAGAAUUACCAUAACCAAAAUCUAGUAUUUAAUCUGUCCUUGUCUUUCAUACUGCACAUGUUGAAUGGUGCUAAGUGGUAAGUUGCACUAUGCUGUGAGUGCUUGCCUUGUAGAUUACGUACUGGCGUCAUGUUAUUGAUCAUGUAUUGAAAUUCUGUUUAUUACAGAAUAAAGUCUUUUAAUAAAGUA